AUGAAGAAUUCAAACGUUUUAAUUUCAAUUUAUAAUAAUUUGUCAUCAUCAGUUAUAUUUAGUAAUUCAGUUCAAGAUAUUGAUGGGGAAUACCUAGAAGAUAUUAUAUAUUCAAAGACAAAACUUAUUAUUUUACCAGAAUCACUUGAUAGUUCUUUCAAUAACGAGUUUUUCCGUAACUGGUGGGAACAAAGUAAUUUUUAUGGUAUAAGAUAUGAAACAAGUUUUUGUAAAGAAGGUUACAAAUCAAUUUCAUUUUGGGAUUUUGGAGAAGAUAGACCAUUAGCAGUUAAGGCUACUAGUAUUGAAGCCCCUAUUAUAUAUAGAGAGGAUCCAUUUGAUGAUAUAGAAAUCUCUUUACCAAAGCUUUUUGCAAACAAUUUUUACAAUUAUGCUGAGGAAGAAUUUUAUUUACAAGCAAUAAAAGGAGAGUGUUCCAUCAUUGAAGAAAAUAUAACAUAUAAUGAGACGAAUGAAAGCAGUUGUGAUGUCAAUGAUAAUUCAUUUUCAUUGAAUGGAGAAACGGUUUAUAAGCAAAGCGGAAAAUACAAAGCAGAACUAGCAGCCCUUAUCAUAUUUAUUAUUCUCUGUGUCACAGCUAUUUCUGUAAUAAUUUAUUACCAAAUUCUUUUGCACAAAUCAACAGAAAAUGUUGAUAAUCAUGAUUAA